AUGAUUCAAUUUGUACUUGUUAUACUUCUAGGUUCUGUUCCACGGAUACUAUGUGAUUUAUAUUCAUAUACAGCAGGAUUUUGUGCAGAAGGACUUGAUAUCAAAGUAGCAAACGAUGAUUGUGUUAAGCUCACCAAUGUAGGUUCUCUUCGAGUAGCAGGGGGGACUGAAUAUGAAUGGUUUCUUUAUACUUCAUAUGAUUGUUCUGGAACGGAAGGAUUCGUCAUAUAUCCGGAAGAUGGUUGUGUUGAUGAACAAUCUUACGGCUUUAUACCUCAUAGUGCUCAUGCUCUACUUCCAUAG